CGUCCACAACCAUUUGGGUCAUUUGAACUUCGUUCGUUCAAUAUACUGUUUACAUCAAUAUUUUACCCUGACUCCUGAGUAAAUAUAAGCUAUAAGUAACGCAAAUCUCUCUUUUAUAAUUCGAGAGUGGACCUUAAGGGAAUAGCGAAUGACAAUUUCUAUCAGAUAAGUUUGAAUGAUUGAUGAACGUUGGACAUCAUAUUUGUUGUGUUGCUCAUAAACUCUGUACACUUACGAAGCGCGGUUUUGUGACUUUGACUUCGAAGGUGCCGAGUUAUAUUUAAUGGCUGCGAACGACUCGGCCAAGCCAAAGGAUCCUCCUGAAGUUAUAGUAGAUGUUACAAGAAAACGAGAGUUUCUCCGUGGACGGUUUUUGGGGAAGGGAGGAUUCGCAAAAUGCUAUGAACUUGUUGAUAAAAAAACAGGGGAAAAGUACGCCGGUAAAGUUAUUAACAAGGCAGCUCUGGUCAAAGAAUCCCAAAAAGAAAAAAUGCGCCAAGAGAUCAGUAUUCAUCGUUCUCUAAAACAUGAAAAUGUCGUGAGAUUCUAUGGAAAUUUCGAGGAUAGUGAAUUCAUAUACAUUUUGCUUGAACUUUGUAACCGCAGAUCGCUUUUAGAGUUACAUAAGCGAAGGAAGUAUGUCACUGAACCAGAGGCCAGGUAUUUUAUGAAACAAAUUGUCCAUGGCUGUCAAUACCUUCAUCAAAAUAAGGUCAUGCAUAGAGAUCUUAAGCUGGCCAACCUUUUCCUCGACGACAACCUAAAAAUAAAAAUAGGAGACUUCGGGCUUGCCUCGAGGAUCAGUCAUGAGGGUGAGAAGAAAAAAACGUUGUGUGGUACUCCCAACUAUAUUGCUCCCGAAAUUUUGAGUAAAGGUGGACACAGCUUCGAAGUAGACUCAUGGUCUCUUGGUUGUAUACUUUAUACUCUUCUAGUCGGGAGUCCUCCUUUUGAAACUACGAAACUGGAAGAAACGUAUGCACGCAUUAAACAAAAUGAGUACCGCAUUCCGAUUCGUGUGUCAACGAAUGCCUCAAUGCUCAUCCGCUCACUUUUACAUGCCGAUCCGGAAAGAAGACCAAAUAUGUUCAAUGUACUCGACCAUGAUUUCUUUAAAGACUUUACACCUAAUGGUCUUCCUGUGAGCUGUCUUUCAACGUGCCCCAGAUUUGAUACUAUGCAUCGACCUCAAACCGGACGUCGCCCAUUGUCUGACAUCAACCCGGUUGAGGAUGUUCCUAUUACCAGUGGCGGUGGUGCCCUUGGUAAUGUCGGCGGUGCUGCAGUUGAUAAAGCCGUUCAGCCAGAUGACUGCUGGCUUGGGUUACUUAAGCACAAAUUAGGUCGUGUAUUAGAGGAACCCAAGGAAUUUGAUGACUCUUCACCAAAAGCAAUGGAAGAAAGUGAAGUUCCAGCAGCCUGUCCAAUAUACUGGGUCAGCAAGUGGGUUGACUAUUCAGAUAAAUAUGGUUUGGGGUAUCAGUUGUGUGAUAACUCAUAUGGUGUCGUAUUCAAUGACGUGACAAGACUCCUUUUAACAACCAAUGAACAGAAUCUUCAGUACAUCGACGAACAUGGGACUGAACGUUUGUUCACUCUGUCAAAGCAUCCGGAAUAUCUGUCAAAAAAAGUGACACUUCUCACAUGCUUCAAAGCAUAUAUGCACCAGAAUCUCCUUAAGGCUGGUGAGAAUAUUGCGCGACCGGACACUGAUGCCAUGACUCGUCUACCUUUUCUUCGCCGAUGGUUUAGAACACGCUCGGCUAUUGUACUUCAUUUAAGUAAUGGAACGUUGCAAGUGAGUUUAAAUAUCACUAAUAUCAAUAAAUAACACGAGUCAAAGUUUUCAUUUUUGAUAGGAUGAUCAUCCUAUCAUUUCUACAUAAUUUGUUCUUAUGUACAUUGUUAUUAUAUCAAAGUACCUGUUUCGAGUUAGGGGAUUGUAGAGAGGUAUACAUAAAUAUUUUUGAACUUAAUGGAAAAGUUAAUUAGUCAGUCAGUCAUCAUCGACGUACACCCUGGAAGAAGUGUACGCUAGCCAAAGUUACCAUACCUUAACAGCACGACGUGUUGAAUAGUGACAAAGUAGUGGCUCUUUGUGAGUUAUUAAGUCCUGUGUUUUGUGGGAAUCCUACUGGAAUAUCGUAAAUAAAAUGACUCGAGUCCUCUUAAGACUAUAAUCUAUUGUAAGUCGAAUUCUCUAAGCAAAUGGAUCACUACUUUACUAUAUUCACAACAACAGUUCAGUAGCAAGCCAAUUAGAUACAGGUAUGAUUAGAAGUUAUGUGAUCAGCUUUUCCUCUCUAUACCACAGCAUAGCCGGUUGAAUUAAACGAAUCCAUUGUGUUCCAUUGUAACCAUGGUUUUUGAGUGAAUUCAUCGUAUCUUGGUAAUAUUUUUAUUCUUGCUUUGCCUAAAUUUAUCAAUAAAACCAGUAGCAUAGAAGAAACCUCAGAUAUUUUCUUUUCAGUUUUAUUAUGUUUUCAAAUUAAGUUCUUUAAUUCAACUCCACAUUGGUUGCCAUAGCACAUUCUCAUCGCAUUGUGCAAAAACUCAAUUAAAUACUUGCUAAUGCCGUCUCAGUUAAAUGUUAUUUGACCAUAUGUCUUAGCAAAACCACCUUGUGAUCCUCAGUUCAAAAUUUGUUUCUUCAUCACUUAUCAUUGUAAAUUUUGUAAUAUUACAUGCUAACCUUCACUAUAGUGUAUACUUAUAUAUAGACACUGAUGCUCUGACCUGAAUAUUUAAUGCACAAAACGUUAGCAUGCGUAGUCUCACUGUGGUAGGUGACCGAAGUAGGCUGACAUGUUAUUCAUUUAUUUGCCGAUGAUUUAGGUAAACAAAUAGUUCAGAGAUUGUCGGUUUAUGACAUGAAUAAAGAAAAGCUAUAUUGGUAUAUUCGAUUAUUUAGAACAUCGUUUAUUGGUUGGAAACGUUUGAAAAGUUAGGUUCUGCGGAGUAAGGUAAAUUACAAGAAUUAUUGUGCAACGACAAACUUCGAAAAUUGUUAUUCAAUUUUAUAUGGUUUUGAAAUUAAAUGGUUGCUGCACACAUCUUUUGUGAAGCUGUACAUAAAUCAUGCAACCAACACCUGAACACUUGUAGAAUACCUGAAAAUAUGACUCACGAAGACCAUUUCAGUUUUCGUUUAGGCGCUAAAUGCAUUGAUGUAACAUGUUUUGCUCAAAUUUCGUUAAGAAAAGGAUUUCUCAACACAAUCAAAAGACAUUCAUAUAGAACAGUCUACAGUUUGCUGCAUUCGUCGAUUUUCGUAUAUUUUACCGGAUUAUGUUUAGCAUCAGUGUGUCGUACGCAUUGUGAAAUAUAGUCAUGUUUUAUUUAAAAAGCUUCGGGAGUCGUAAUUUUCUAUUGUCUUAUGUCUUCAUCAUCGUCAAACUCGUUGGGAUUGUUUCUUAAAACUAACAUUACUUUAUUUUACACACUGUCUUUUAGAUAAACUUCUUUGAUGAUCAUGCAAAAAUCAUUCUAUGUCCUUUAAUGCGUGCCGUAACUUAUAUUGAUGCCAACAGGGAAUUCAGAACGUACCGCUUCAAACAUCUACGGGAAUUCGGUUUAAGUAAGGACUUAGCAAACAGAUUGAGAUACGCACAAGAAAUGAUAGAGCGUCUCAUUCCAAAAUGCGGAACAACUUCCUCCAAUGUAAAUGAUCCCAAUACAAAAGUGACUGUAGAUAAUGGGAAGUCCAACAAACCAGUUUCAGCGGAUGUACAGAAAACAAAUGCGACUGGGACUGGGGCAGCAACUAAAAAAAUAACUCGACCGACUAAUCAAUAGUCUCCGUUUUAUUUUCUAUCCGUUUUUAUUCUUCAAACUGAACUCACAAUGUCAAUGUCGUUAAUACUUAGCAGUAUCUCUUUCAAAUCGAAUCUGAUUUAAUUUAGUCACAUUUUUCUGAUAGAAAUUUUGUACACUUUGAUUGCACACUUGAUUUCAUCCAUGGUGGCCCACAACACUGAUAUUGUUAGUUCACACCAAUUUGUUGGGAUUUAAAAAUAGUAUAAAUAUCUCUAGAUUUCUUCAUGUCUCUGUAACUUACAUGUUGAUCUGUGAAAUCUAAAUUAUUCUAAAGCAUUUCCUAUUUAUUCAUCUUUUUCGAUUAUGAAAUUUGUCGAAAAUGAUAUAUGGGGGGAAGUUUCACAUUUGCCUUCAUUUUGACCUUUCUAACAUUUAUUAUUUAAUAAUAUUUUUAGUUAGUAUAUGGCGAAUUUUGUUAGGCACAGGCGUUUUGAAAGUAUAUGUCUAAUCAUCUGACAUAAAAUUGCAGGCUAUCUCAUAUACAACUUUGUAAUGGUUUGCACGAGUAAGUUCCUGGAAAUAUAAAUGUUAUGUACUGUUCCGACAAAGUCCUUACUCUGUUCAGCUUGUAACCUUUGUAAAACAUAAUAUGAGGCUUCAUUGAUUCUGAGUGUAAAUAUUGCUUUACUCUCUCGAUUGGUACUUAAAUCAUAGUUAGUUUUUA